AUGGCUGCUGUCGAGGCUGGAUGCCGCCAACAGCAACCGUUGCAGCAGCAGCAGCAGCAGCAGCAACAGCAACAACAGCAACAACAGGUACCCCAACAGCAGCAGAGUCAACCGGCGCACCAUCAUCGACAAUUGCAGCAACAAGCCGUCGGUGGCGGGAAGCUGCAUCAACACGAGAGGGAACCGAGCGUGUCCGGCGUGGUUCGCGGUCCUCCGGUUAUCCAGGAGCCUAUCGUCGCCGAGGACGAUCCGGAAACCGACGAUACCGGAAGCACCAGCGGCAAAGCCGCUUCUCCCGUCAACCCUCUGCUUCAGGAACGAUCCAACUGCGAGGAGCUCAGACACGUGGUGUGUCAUCUCGAGACGAAAGACUUGUGGGACAAGUUCAACGAGUUGGGCACCGAGAUGAUCAUCACGAAGACUGGAAGGAGGAUGUUCCCGACUUGCAGAGUGUCGUUCAACGGACUGAAGGCGGACAGUCGGUACGCGGUGCUGAUGGACAUCGUUCCGGUGGACAACAAGAGGUAUCGUUACGCUUAUCACAGAAGCUCCUGGUUGGUAGCGGGAAAGGCGGAUCCGCCGGCACCCGCUCGUCUCUACGUGCAUCCGGACUCGCCUUUUACGGGGGAGCAGCUCCGAAAGCAGGUCGUCUCGUUCGAGAAAGUCAAACUGACCAACAACGACAUGGACAGACACGGACACCUGGUGUUGAACUCGAUGCACAAAUAUCAACCGAGGAUUCACCUGGUGAAGCGACCGGACUCGGGCACGGCCAAGCCGAUAACGGACCUCGAGAAGGAACCUCACAAGACUUUCGUAUUCCCGGAGGCGAUAUUCACGGCUGUCACCGCCUAUCAGAAUCAACUCAUCACGAAGCUGAAGAUCGACAGCAAUCCGUUCGCCAAAGGGUUCCGAGACUCGUCCAGGCUGACCGAUUUCGAGAGCUUCCCUUUCAGGGAGACGAUGGAAUCGAUGCUGGCGGAGCAGCAGACGCUGAGGUUUCCUCAUCGGCUGCCCUUCGAGAUGGAACAACUUCAGGCGGGAGCGGUGAGCAACCUCAGUCUCGAGGAGAAGGCGUUGUGGGCGGCACGGUCUCAGAUGUUGCUACGAGCCGCAGCGGCGGUCGCGGUCAGUCCGUACGCGCAGCUGGUCGGACCCGCGGCUCUGGUGUAUCCCGGUGCUUCGUCGGCCGGUACCAGCCAUCAGCAGCAGCAACAGCAGCAGCAGCAUCAGCAACAACAUCAGCAGCAGCAGCAGCAGCAACAGCAGCUGGGACACCUGUGGUGGGCGUCCUCGAUCGGACCUACCCUGUUCGCGGCCGCCCAUCACCAACAACAACAGCAACAGCAGCAACAACAGUUGGCCAGCUCGAGUUCGCAGAGUCCGAACGCGGGUCCAGCGGCGCCUCGACCUCUCUAUCCUUCGGCCCUGGCCCUGGCGCACCAUCGAUUCUCCCCGUAUCACACUGCCGCCGCUCCCAAGUCGUCCACACCCCUCGGAACCUCGCUCUCGCCCUCCAGAAGAGCUACGCCCUCUCCGACGGACAGUCUCGGCAGAGACGCUCAGGACUUGUCGCCCUCGUAGUCGCGAACCAGGCCAGUCCGGUGAGAUCGCGUUCGUGAACCUCGGGACCACUCACCGUCCGUCGGCCGAAGCGGCGCCGCGACGCGGACGAACGACCGGUGAACCAUCGCCUUUCGUCGAAGAGAAACGAUCGGUGACGGUCGCCGCGCGAACACCGCCAAACGAACCACUGUAAAUAUCUAAGCGCCCUACGACGAUCUUUGACUGUACAUAGCUACGUGUACGCACGAAUUCGCGAGCUCCGCGUUCGCCCAACGUGAGUUGUAUAUUUCGUAUCAUGACUUAUCGUUAUUUAUGUUUCGACUCCGUACUCGACGCGGAA